AUGUAUUACAAAUCUCCUGGUCCGGAUGGUUUUACAGCUGAAUUUUACAACAAGUGUUGGAGUACAAUUAAAGUGGACUUCAUGAAUAUGUUGAAUGACUUCCGCAAAUAUGGUUCUCUGGAUUGGAGACUGAAUGUAUCCUUUAUCACUCUUAUUCCUAAGAAAGAAGAUACUUGUACUCCUGAAGACUUUAGGCCUCUAAGUCUUAUUAGUAGUGCUUAUAAGAUUCUUUCAAAGAUUGAAGCAGAAAAAUCCAGGAAUAUAUUCUCUGUAAGAUUGAUAUGGACAAAGCCUUUGAUAAUGUCAACUGCCAUUCUCUAUUCUUUCAAUCCAACAAAAGGGCUUAGACAAGGUGAUCCUCUUUCACUGUAUCUCUUUCUAUUGGUUGUAGAAAUUUUGUCUAAGCUAAUGAAUGAAGCAGUUCAGAAAGGUCAAAUUUAUGGAUUCCAAGUUGCAGAUGAAGGUACCGUCAUUUUUCACUUGCAAUUUGCAUAUGAUACUCUCAUCUUCAUUGAUGCUAAUGUGGAGGAAGUUCAGAGAUUAUUCAUUAUUCUUUCUAUGUUUGAAGUUCUAACUGGAAUUAAGCUUAAUUUGGAGAAAAGCACAAUGGUGAGUGUAGGCGCAGAUGAUGUCAUUGAUCUUAUGGAUAAGGAUUCAGGGUGUAAAACAGAAUCUUUGCCUAUCAAAUAUCUAGGAUGCCAGUUGAGGCCUUCUUUAGAAACUGUUCAGUUUGGGAUUCAGUUGUGGAUAGAGUGA